AUGUACCAGACUGGAAUGCACCGUGAAAAUCCAACGGACCUACAAGCUUGCCCUCGCCAUGCCGCGGCCUGGAUUCACUUCACCACUCGCACAUACGAAGGCGUGGAGAAGAUGCAGAUGCAUGUCUGGUCCAAGUACCGCUGCAUCCCAUUUAGCCAUGUUGAGGCAACGGCAAGGGCCGGCCGUCGAGAGACUGCAGCCUGUCUGGCGAUACGACGGCCGAGGCGGCGGCGAUACCGCCUCAUGGAUGUAUCGCCGGCUCGUCUGCUCCAAUGCGCAGCUCCCUCGGUAGGGACGUCGACAGCACGCGUCUACACGGUAUUCGCCAUUACCAUCUGGCCUCUACUGAGUGGUCAACACCCAUCCGCCUCGUGCCCAUCUCAUCGCGGACGCACCAGGUCGCUGGGACCAACGGCCGGAUCCGAGUCGGCAGUGAUUGGCCCCAAGGGCACUCCGUAA